CUAGUCGUCUGGAUAAGAGUGGACGACGUCCCGUCCCUCCCGCGCGAACCAAACACGAGGCCGUGGCCAUGGCGUCUUCGUCUUCUUCCGUCUUCUCACCGCUCCUGCGGCCUUCCCUCCGGCUGCCAACCUCCUGCGGUGCCCGCUCUAUGGCUGUCCACGCUGUGUCCGCGGACAACGCCACCGCUGCCACGACGCCGGCGCCCCUCGCGGUUGCUAGCCACAGGAGAGAGCUGGUGGUGGGAACGGCAUUGGGGGCGCUGUUCUCGAGGACGCCGCUGCCUGCCGGGGCGCGUGAGGUUGAGGCCGGCAAGUACCUGCCGCCGGCGCCGUCCAGCCCGGGCUUCGUGUUCUUCAAGGCCACCACCAAGGACACCCCUGCACUCCGGGCUGGCAAUGUGGAGCCAUACGAGUUCAUCCUGCCGCCCACCUGGAAGCAGCUGCGAGUGGCCAACAUACUGUCCGGCAACUACUGCCAGCCCAAGUGCGCUGAGCCGUGGGUGGAGGUGAAGUUCGAGGACGACAAGCAGGGCAAAGUGCAGGUGGUGGCCUCGCCGCUGAUCCGCCUCACCAACAGGCCCAACGCCACCAUCGAGGACAUCGGCAGCCCCGAGAAGCUCAUCUCCUCCCUGGGGCCUUUCGUCACCGGCAACACCUUGGAACCCGAAGAAAUUAUCGAGACCAAUGUCGAGAAAAUCGGCGACCUAACUUACUACAGCUAUGUGCUGGAGACUCCGCUGGCACUGACCGGGUCUCACAAUCUGGCCAAGGCCACGGCCAAGGGGAACACGGUGGUGCUCUUCGUCGCCAGCGCCAGUGACAAACAGUGGCAGUCGUCGCAGAAGGUGCUGAAGGCCAUGGUAGACUCCUUUCAAGUAUGACUGCCGGCUUGCAGC